GAGAGUUUUUCUUAUUUUAUUACAAAAUUGUCCAAAAACUAAGUGGAACGUUAAAAAACAUAAAAAACUACUUAUUUAUCAAAUGUGAAAUUGGCUGGGAAACGCCCGCUCUAUACCGUUAUUUUACGAGCUGUCCUCCUUGGUCACACUGCAUAAUUUUGUAAACAAGCAAAAAGUAAUUUAGCAUAGAAAAUCCACACAAAUUAGAAUAGCAACACCAUGAAAUUCCGUUUCUGUGGCGAAGGCGAUUGUCCCGACUGGGUUUUAGCUGAGAUCAUUUCCACACUCUCCAACUUAAGCAUUGACAACCUGGAACAACUUAGCGAUCUGGUGGCUCUGCGAAUUUGCGGACAGACAUUUGAGGAAUCUAAAAUAAAAUCCCUGACAUCCACACUAACUAAUGAGGGCAAAACCGCUGUGGCUUGCAUCCACUUUAUGCUGAACAACGCAGCUCGCUAUAGCUGUACCGAAAGUAUUUUCGGAGAGGAGAUCCAACAGCUGGGACUGCCCAAGGAUCAUGCCGCAGCCAUGUGCAGAGUCCUCCAAAAGCAUUCCGCUGCCAUACGCCAAACACUAAUAGACAAAGCUUUCAGAAUUAAUGAACUGCAAAGCGUUCGGGAUAUAAGCUCGCCUGGACAAACGCCGCCGAAUUACACCACUUUGGAACUAAAAAUCUCGCAAGAAUUGGUCGAUGGCCUUCCAAAGGACACCACGCAUAUUCUUAACAUAGAUCGAGCACAAGCAAAGGCUCUGCUUGCGGAGCUGAAAUUGGCACGCGAUGCCAUGCAGAAAUACGAUAAUAAACAAGAUUCCUAAAGUAUAAAUUAA